CUAGUAGUAGUAAUUUGCUUCCUGGGUUUGGGUUUUGUUUGCGUCAAACCCUAGAAUCCCAUUCUCAAUUCUUGGCUCAAGUUUGAAUCUUUUUCACAAAAAUUCUUGCUCAAUUUCAAUUGCAGAGGUAACUGGAAACAGACUUUGAGAGCGAGUUUGUGAUUUCUUUAGCUGAUUAGUGAAAUAAGGAAAAUUUUUUGGCAAGAUGAUAUCAAGAUCUUAUGCAAAUCUUUUGGAUUUAGCAUGUGCGAAUUCCGAAGUAAUGACUAAGGCGAAGGGGAGGAGGCGUUUCCCGAGUGGAAUGACAGUUCCGGGGAAUGUAGCUAGGAUAGACGAUGGGCAAGCUAAUAGUGUUGCAUCUGAAAAUCCAUCUUUGGUGUCUGGUGAGCGGAUGAUCAUAGUAUCGAACAUUCUGCCUUUAAGAGCGAAGAGAAGGGCGGACGAUAAGGGUUGGAGUUUUAGUUGGAAUGAGGAUUCGUUGCUUUUGCGGUGUAAGGAUGGCUUGCCAGAGGAUAUGGAAGUGCUGUAUGUUGGUUCGUUGCCUGUUGAUGUUGAUCCAAGCGAGCAGGAGGAUGUAGCGAGCCACGUCCUGGAGAAGUUUAAAUGUGUUCCCGCCUUUGUGCCUCGUAGUCUGUUGGAUGAUUACUAUCAUGGUUUUUGCAAGAAACAGCUGUGGCCGCUUUUUCAUUACAUGCUGCCAUUUUCAGCUGAUCAUGGAUGUAGAUUUGAUCGGUCGCAGUGGGAAGCAUAUAUCUCAGUGAAUAAAAUGUACUACCAGAAAGUGAUUGAGGUGCUUAUCCCUGAAGAGGACUUUGUUUGGAUACAUGAUUAUCACUUGAUGGUUCUGCCAACGUUUUUGAGGAGGAGUUUUGUCUGCUUAAAAAUGGGUUUUUUCCUUCACAGUCCCUUCCCUUCGUCGGAGAUAUACAGAUCGCUUCCUGUCAGAGAAGAAAUCCUCAAGGCCCUACUCAACACCGACAUUAUUGGUUUCCAUACCUUUGAUUAUGCUCGUCAUUUUCUCUCUUGUUGUAGUCGGAUGUUGGGCAUAGAGUAUCAGUCAAAGAGAGGGUACAUAGGGUUGGAUUACUAUGGAAGGACAAUUGGAAUAAAGAUUAUGCCGGUUGGGAUACAUAUGGGCCAUCUUCAGACAGUACUUAGGCAAGCAGAUAGAGAACUUAAGGUUGAGGAGCUAAAGCGGCAGUUUGAAGGGAAGACCGUGUUGCUUGGAGUUGAUGAUAUGGACAUAUUCAAAGGUAUCAACUUGAAACUUUUGGCUUUCGAGCACAUGCUCAAGAGCCAUCGAGAUUGGCAAGGAAAGGCUGUGCUGGUGCAGAUUGCGAAUCCUGCUAGGGCGAAAGGGAUACAUUUGGAUGAAAUACAGGCUGAAAUAGAGGAGAGCUGCAGUCGAAUUUUGACUGAGUUUGGUGCACCUGGAUAUGAGCCGGUUGUUUUUAUCCACCGUUCUUUAUCACUCAGUGAAAGAAUGGCUUAUUACAGCAUAGCUGAAUGUGUUGUAGUGACAGCAGUGAGGGAUGGGAUGAAUCUGACUCCUUACGAAUAUAUCAUUUCUAGACAAGGCAUCACUGGUGCAGAAACAGGGUUGAAUUCGAGUGGACCUAAGAAGAGCAUGCUAGUGGUAUCUGAGUUCAUUGGGUGCUCUCCUUCCCUAAGUGGUGCAAUUCGUGUCAAUCCAUGGGAUGUUGAAUCAACGGCAGAUGCAAUGAAUUUGUCAAUAUCAUUGUCAGAAUCAGAGAAGGAGUUACGACAUGAGAAGCACUACCGAUAUGUUAGCACCCAUGAUGUAGCUUUCUGGGCCAGAAGCUUCUUACAAGACAUGGAAAGAACUUGCGAUGAUCACUUGCCGAAAAGAUGCUGGGGAAUGGGUCUGGGCUUUGGGUUUCGAGUGGUGGCUUUGGAUCCGAAUUUCAGAAAACUUUCAAUUGAUGGCAUUGUAGCUGCUUACUGUAGGUCCAAAAGCAGGGCAAUACUGUUGGAUUAUGAUGGCACAUUGAUGCCUCAAAAUAUGGUUACAAAGAUUCCAAGUACUCAGAUCCUCUCUCUGUUGAACAGUCUCUGUGCAGAUCCCAAGAAUGUAGUUUAUAUGGUGAGUGGAAGAGAUAAGAAGAGCCUAACCGAGUGGUUUCUUCCUUGCAAGAAGCUUGGACUUGCUGCGGAACAUGGCUACUUUUUAAGGUGGCCGCAACAAGAAGAAUGGGAAACGUACGGUCAGGGUUCUGAGUUUGGUUGGAUGCAGAUGGCGGAACCUGUUAUGAGAUCGUAUACAGAGGCUACAGAUGGUUCUAAUAUUGAGAGGAAAGAAAGUGCCUUAGUUUGGCAUUAUCAGGAUGCAGACCCUGAAUUCGGUUAUUCCCAAGCAAAGGAAAUGUUGGAUCAUUUGGAGAGUGUCUUGGCAAAUGAACCCGUUGCUGUCAAGAGCGGACAGUUCAUAGUAGAAAUCAAACCUCAGGGUGUUACUAAAGGUCUAGUUGCAGAAAAGGUCUUCGCAUCAAUGAAAGAGAAAGGGGAACAGGCUGAUUUUGUACUAUGCAUUGGUGAUGACAGAUCUGAUGAGGAUAUGUUCGAACUAUUUGGUACUGCUGUGUCUAAAAACGUACUUUCAUACAACACCGAAGUAUUUGCCUGCACUGUCGGUCAAAAACCCAGCAAAGCCAAGUACUAUCUGGAUGACACCGCUGAAGUAGUGGCAAUGCUCGAGUCUCUUGCUGCAGCUACUUCUUCAGUCUCAUCCGAUGAUGAUGCCCAUAUAUCUCCAAGAAGAUUUGAUCGCCUCGUUUCUCUUGAUAAUUAGUUCUAUAAAAGGGUAGCAAUCUGAGUUCGGCUAAUAGCAUCUCUGCUUAUGGAUCUUUAGGUUUUAGUCAAUAGUAAAUGGAAAUGACGCACUUUUCUUUCUUUAAUUCUCA